UGGAAGCUGAUGUAUUGCUGUCCCAACAAGGACUGCUUCGUCGUACCCCGCACCGGUCCAUACUUGGUAUCAAUGAUGAAACUUCUUAUACUCAUCGUUAGCCGGGUGUGGUCCGAUGUAUUCCUUCUCUCAAACUAAGCUAACUAAGAACGUCUAUUUCGGCUCGCUGCACUCUUAUUUCUGACCUUUUUUGAUGAAUGUUUUGGUUUGAUGCCGGUUUACGGUUAAUUUAAACAUAGAAAAAAUUUCGCGUAUCACCGCAAAUUAUGCCGAAAUCAUUUGGAUUCCUGAUAAACAAAAUUCACUCUCUCUACGCAGAAGAUGUGUACAGCAUGCACCAACGCAGCUCGUUUCACAUUAUUUUUAUUUGUGAUUCAAUUUGCCAAUGUGUCCAAUAAGCUGCGCCGGAAUGACUCUCAAUGAAAUGGAAAGAGAGACAGUUUUUUUUAUCAGCGAAUUGUACUAGACAUCAUAUGGGGUGAUACUUUUUUUUUUCAUAUCUGGUCAUUCGCAAAUUAUUUGCCGGCGGAAACAAUUCAGUCUUUGGCGGUGAGCGAAAUAUGAAUAUUCUAAAUCCAGUAAUCGUGACCAACUAUGGUCCCAUUAAGGGAAUUAGGAAAAAGGCAGCCACCGGCGUGGAUUAUCACAGCUUUCAACGCAUUCCCUACGCUAAACCUCCAAUCGGAAUGCUAAGAUUCAGGGAUGCUCAACCUCCUAACCCAUGGACAGAACCAUUAGAUUGCACGGUGCAAGGAGCUGAAUGUUACCAGAUAAGCAAAUUACUGAAAGAUGUUAUCGGAAGCGAGGAUUGUUUGCAUAUUAAUGUGUACACCAAAAAUCUGGGAAAUGAUAAUCUGGCGCCGGUGAUGCUGUAUAUCCAUGGGGGAGCAUUCAUGCGUGGAUCGAGCGGAACAGAUGUAUAUGGUCCCGAUUAUUUGAUCCAACGAAAUGUGGUGCUAGUAACAUUCAAUUAUAGAGUUGGUGCAUUCGGUUUCAUCUCAUUCGAUUGUCCCGAGCUAGAACUUCCCGGAAACGCGGGUCUGAAGGACCAAAAUCUCGCCAUCCGUUGGGUUGUUGAUAACAUCGAUAAAUUCGGUGGGGAUCCGAAAAAUAUCACAUUGUUCGGAGAAAGUGCCGGUGGAUGUUCCGUUCAAUACCACAUGAUAUCCAAGCUGUCAGAAGGACUAUUCCAACGUGCAAUCAUCAUGUCAGGGAGUGUUUUGAGUCAUUGGUCAAUCGUACCGCGUCACAAAUUCAGCGAAAGACUUGCCAAAGCACUUGGGUGGGAUGGACAUGGAGGUGAAAGAGGGGCGUUGGAUGUACUGAUAACAGCUAAGGCGGAAGAUAUCGCUAUGAAACAGGCAACAAUUUUCACGGAUGAGGAGAUUGCAAACAGAAUACUUUUCCCCUUCGGACCUGUGAUUGAACCAUAUGCAAAGGCCAACUGUUUAAUUCCGGUUGACCCAUUACAAAUGUGUCGGGGAGCUUGGGGUAACAACAUUAACAUUCUGAUUGGUGGAACCUCUGACGAGGGACUUUUCUUUAUGGAUGAAAUUAAAGAAAAUCCAUCAAUGAUGAGCAAUCUCAGGGAUUUUGAACAUUUAGUUCCGUUAGAAUUGGACCCUGUAAGAAGCUUGCCAAGUUGCAAGGAGCGUGGAAUAAGACUCAAGAAGUUCUAUUAUGGAGACGUUGAGCCGUCGUAUGAAAACCGUAACGGAUAUCUAACGCUAAUGUCCGACAAGCUCAUUUGGCAUGGAUUGCAUCGUACGAUUUAUUCCAGAAUCAAUUCCGGGAAGUCGGGCCACACGUACGUUUACCACUUUUCGGUUGAUUCGGAAACCUAUAAUCACUACAGAAUCUAUUUUUGUGACAAGAAUGUUCGCGGAACAGCACAUGCCGAUGAUUUGUCGUAUGUUUUCAAGAAUUCAUUCAGUGAUGCUCCCGCACAGGAUACAUUUGAGCAUCGCGCCAUGAUGAACAUGGUUGAUUUAUUCACCACUUUCGCAAGUAAUAACGGAAAUCCUAAUGGAGGAGUCACUGACGAGUGGGAACCGGUGGCAAACUAUGUUGGGUCAUAUAAAUGCCUCGGCAUUUCUAACGGUGGACUAGAGCUCAUUGAUUUACCUGAAAGGCAACGGAUGGAACUUUGGGACUCUUUAUACGCUAUUGGUCAACUUUACUGAACCUGUGCAGAAAACUUCACCAAUUUUUCAAUGCUGCUGCAUUUUCCUAGUGUUAUAUUUUACAACGUUUUCCUGUCAUAAAUGGAUUGGAAUUUAUUAAUGGUUGGUGUUAGAAAACACUUUUAGUAAUAGGUAAAACCUGUGUACGUCAAAUUUCGGACACUGAAAUAUUGGCAUAACGAACUAGAAAGAACAUCAAGGAACAUAAUAGAA